CUGACAAGCACGAGAACACUGAAGAGAGGUGUAGAUAAAGCCCACCUCUCCAAACGAGUAACCCAUUCUCCAACUGCAGCUUCAAAACAGCAAGCCAUACGAAAAGUGGGAAAUUUAUGAGCACGAUGAUGACGAAGCACUACAGUAAAGCAGUCGAGAUGUCCGAGCUGGUGGGCUCUCUGGGCUGGAUGGAGGAGGACACGCUGAGCUCCCAGGACGAAGGGCCCACUGAAUCAGACCGCUAUACCAUCGACACCAGGGAAGAAGGCGAUGCCUGCAGUGAGGAGCUCGACGAAGGGGAACAGGAUGAAAACGAGGAGAAUGGGGCUGAGAAGACUCCAAAGAGACGAGGACCCAAGAAGAAGAAGAUGACCAAGGCACGGGUGGAGCGCUUCCAGGCCCGCCGCAUUAAAGCCAAUGCCCGGGAGCGCUCCCGCAUGCACGGCCUCAACGACGCCUUGGAUAACCUCAGGCGGGUGAUGCCCUGCUACUCCAAGACCCAGAAACUGUCAAAAAUCGAGACCCUCAGGCUGGCCAGGAACUACAUCUGGGCUCUGUCCGAGGUGCUGGAGAGCGGCGAGUCCCCCGAUGGGCGGGGGUUCGUGGAGAUGCUGUGCAAGGGGCUCUCGCAGCCCACCAGCAACUUGGUAGCAGGGUGCAUGCAGCUGGGCCAGCAGCCGCUCGUGUUGGACAAACGAGAGGAGAAGGUGACCCCUGUAUGUGCAGGAGGGGCCAUCCCAGGACACCCAUUCAGCUAUCCAUCCCCGGGCCUGCCAAGCCCCCCUUACGGAGCAAUGGAUGCCUCCCACCUCCUUCACCUCAAGUCACACGGCUUUAAAGGGCUGGUGGAACACCCUGCUUAUGAGCACCCCUCGCCGGAGUGUGGGGGCACCCCUCCAUACGAUGGACCACUCACGCCACCCCUGAGCGUCAGCGGCAACUUCACCCUGAAGCAGGAGCCGUCGCCCCAUGAAAUCGACAAGGGCUAUGGCAGCAGUGCCCCUGCCACUCACACGGCAGGCUUCAUGCCACAUUAUGUCCCCUCAGCCGUCCCUGGACUGGCGGGCCCUCAGGGGCAAAAUGCCCUCUUCCAGACCGCCCUGUCCCGUUAUGAGCUGCCAAUGGACAUGACUUUCGACAGCUACAUUCAGCACAUGGUGGGAUCACAGAUAGGCGCUGUCUUCAACGAGUAGUGAUGGACCAAGAGCAGGAUGAGCACGAGCACAGCAAACCCCCUAGCAGUAGGUCUGAAUCCACCAUCCCACCCAAACCUCCACCCGCCUUGUUCAGAUCACAGGAUUUGACGUCACGAGAGACACUGUGACAGGACAUGAGGAUGACUUGGCCAAAUAACAGAGAUGUGACUGAGCGAGCCGGAAUAUAGCACCUUGCUAUGCAUUUCUGGGGUGAAGCUCAGUAUGGACCCAUGAGAAGAAGGCAUUGGACUGGGAGAUGAUGAACAGCGAACCCCUCAGAGAUGCACAACAUCCAACAAGGCAUUUCAGUGAGAUGAAGACCACGAUGGGUCAAGUAGAUUAGUACAGAUAAUGAAGGGACGAGACCCUGGUCAAAAGGCAUAAGAUGAGCCCCCUCAGAGGUAGAC